AAAACAAAAAAAGAUUAAAGAAUUAGAGAGAAGAAAAACGCGGCUGGUGUACCCAAACCAGAUUGUUCUCCGGUUUUCUGUCGUUUAUCCUCCUCAUUGAUUUGGUCUAAAAGAAGAUCGUAAAAAGUUAGCACUUACCCAGCUUCAAUUUCAGCGAGUUUUACCCAAUUUGAUCGGAGAUCAGCUAAAGAACUUACAAGAUCAGUAAUUUCUUUGUCGGUAGUUAAAAUUUUAUUUCCGAUCUUGAUGUUUUUGGUGAAUUUUGAUGGGGUUUCGAUUGUUUGAAUUGGGUAGAUGAGCUUUUCGAGUGUUGUUGUUGUUCGGUGAAGUAAGGUUUCGUUGUUUUUAAGAUAUAUUUUUGUUUCUUGAAAAGGGGAAAAAGAUAAUUUUAUUAGGGAAAAAGGGUGUUUGGAUUGGUGGGUUUGUUGGAUGAUUUCUGUUGGAAGUAGAGAUGAGAGGGAGGAGUUGAGAAAGAUGGAAUCAGAGACUGAACUUGAAGAAGGUGAAGCUUGUUUCCAGAACAAUAAUGAUGAUGAUUCAGCAAUUGAUCCUGAUAUAUCUCUUUCAUAUAUUGAUGAGAAAAUUCAAGAUGUUUUGGGACAUUGUCAAAAGGAAUUUGAAGGUGGAGUUUCAGCUGAAAAUUUGGGGGCGAAGUUUGGGGGAUAUGGUUCAUUUUUGCCCACUUAUCAGCGCUCUCCUCUUUGGCCUCAUCCAAAGACACCUCCGAAAGUUCUUACGUACAGUGCACCCAUUUCUCCAAAUAAUGCACAUGUAGAGGUUGAUCAUCAGAACUCCGUUUCCCAAUCAAGUGCAUCACAACCAGCAAGACAUGGACCAACACCUAGGAGGCCAUCUAUGAACAGUAAAUUGAAACAAGAAGCCCCCACAUCGUCUGCUAUGCAUGGUGACAAAUCCACUUCAAACAGCCAGCAAACUGUUAAAGGCUUUGCUAGCGGUUCUGACCAGAAGAGUCUCAAGGUUCGAAUCAGAGUUGGGUCUGAUAACUUGUCAGAUAGAAGAAAUGCCGAAAUUUACAGUGGACUUGGUCUUGAUGUUUCUCCCUCAUCUUCGUUGGAAAUCAGCCCUGUAGAUAGUGAUGGGUUUUUUCAUGUGCCCCAGGAUGGUCCUGACGAAUCCCCCACUAGUAUUCUUGAGAUGAUGACAUCAUUUCCAGUUUGUGGAAGUCGUCUUUUAUCUCCUCUUCCCUAUGAUGUGUUGAAUUUGACUGAAAAGAAGUGGGAGGAUGGUAGUUGUGGACCUGUGCACAAGGGGAGUCAAGAAAGUACCGUGACAGCUCUUCAUGGGUCUGAUUUGGGUAAAACUGAACAAAAUGUUCUUGGAGAGAAGCCGAAGUCAUCUGAGACGAAUACUGUUUCUAUGGAAUCAACAAAUGGUAUCGAUGUUCCCAAUGGUACCGGGAUUCUAGCGAAGAAGGAAACAAGCGUGGACAAUAUGGUUUCUGAAGAACUUGUUUCUAAUCCUCGGAGGCUCCCUCUUCCAUCCAAUGACGACUUUUCUGAUAUAGCAAAAGAGGAGGAUCCAGUAUUGCCUAGAUACGAUCAGCGGGUUGAGCAGCUUAAUGGGAAUGGUGGUUCAGUUGGGGAAGCUAACAACACAACUUGUGAUGAAAAUAACUCGGGUUUUCCUACGAAAGCGGAUUCCGACGUUUCUAGUGGCAGCAAAACUCUUGAUAGUGGAUUAGUAAAGACUCGAAAGCACAAGGAUGGCAAGAAAGCUCCUUUACGUGAAAUGGACGGCAUGAAAUUGGUUUCGGGAAAUAAGACAUCAUCUUCAGGGGGAAAACGGAAAUCAAAAGGUCAGGAUUUGGAUAAUGGUUCCCAAAACAUCGAUAUAUCAAAAAGUGGUGUAAAGAAUGAUUCUUUUACAUCUAGAGGUAAGAAUAAUGCUAAUGGGUCAAAAAUCUAUACAGAAAAUCUCAAGAAAAAUAGUGGGAAGGCAAGAGAGACUUAUAAAUAUUUCUUUGGAGAACUUGAUCUCGAACAGGAAGAUCCCGAUGAAAUGGCUUUGGAGAAAUCUUCUGGCGGCAGGGUGAAAGAGACUAUCGUUAACGAAAAAGGGACAUUGGAAAAUAACAGUUUAUCAAAAGAGAGAUUAGUUGUAAUGAAAAGUCAAAAACCAUCUUCAUCGUUGUAUCCAAGAGUGGGUUCACACGUUCCUGUAAUUGGCAAUGGGCUCGGUUCUGAUGUAGCCGUGGCUUCAAUGGCUCCUGUGGUCAAUGAAGAUUGGGUCUGCUGUGAUAAAUGUGAGAAAUGGAGGCUUCUUCCACCUGGGGUAAAUCCGGGAAGCCUUCCCGAGAAGUGGCUCUGUAGCAUGCUCGAUUGGCUGCCUGGAAUGAAUCGGUGUAGCAUCAGUGAGGAGGAGACAUAUAAGGCUAUAACUUCCCGUUUUCCGGGUCCUUCUCUUGUUCAAGGUUCUCAGCCGCCCGUUCAUCCCGGUGGACCUCAAUUAGGAGUGAUCUCUCUUGAUGCUUCAUGUCCUGAUGGUAGGAACCGACAUUUUGGUUCAGAAAUUCCAUCUACCAAUAUCAAGAAGAAGCACGAAUCAAAAGAUCUAACAAAUGAAGUCAAGCAAGAGAGACCCUCAUUGUCUUCUAACUCCACAAAGAAGAACCUUGACACCUCGUAUAGAAGCCGGAGCUUGAAUGGCAGAAACCAGUCUCCUCGCGUUAACGAAGCAGAAUUUCAGGAUUCUGGCCAUUCUAGUGACAUGAUUGCAGAAAAGGAUAGAUCGAAGCAAAAAGAGAACAAUAAACUAUGUGAGAACUUUGUGGAUGAAGGUAAUCAUAUUCAUCAGUUCAAGAUCAGCAAUAAAAGAGAGAGAAUUCAAGAUUUUUCCCGAGAUUUCAAGAAAGUUAAGAUGGAUGGUAUUCAUGGUACCGAUGAAGAUUGGACAUCUGACCAUGGUGGAACUGUCUUUAAGGCAAGUUGUAGCUCAAGUAGUGGUUUACCGGCAGACAUUUCAAGAAACGACCGUGGGAAACUUGAUCGCCGUCCCAAAGAUACAAAAUCUGUCUCUAAAGUUUCAGCUCAAGAUCAAGAAAACCAAAAUCAAACGAGCUCGAAUGAUGGAACCUUACACACGGGAAAAUCCAACAAAAAGGACGUUGCAAAGAAAAGAAAAGCAAAUGAAUUUGAGGGUACCGGUAAAUAUGUGAAAGAAGCAAGUGAAACUAACAGUAGGAAGGAAAAGAAAUCAAGGGUAUUAAAAUCUGGGGAUGAAGGCACUGAUGAAAAACGUAAAAAUGUUGAAGAUGCUUCGAGGAGACGAGAUACGGUUCCUGUGCUUUCUUCCUUGGCUGCCACAUCAAGCUCUUCAAAGGUUUCGGGUUCUCAUAAAACUAAACCCAAUAACCAGGAAGCAAAAGGGUCACCAGUGGAAUCGGUUUCUUCUUCUCCUCUAAGGAUCUUGAAUAUCGAUAAGUUUACAUCAUCAAGAAGGAACAUUAGAGGCAAUGAUGACCUUCAAGACGCUUUCGGCCCCAAGAAAUGCUCAGAUGAGGAUGAUCAGUACCUGGAUGUAUCCACAAAUAAAGGGAAGGAAAAAAUUGUACCUUUUCUCGAAUUUGAAACUUCUCAUGUUGCUGGGGGUGGUGUUGGUACCUCGGGCCAUUGUAAUCGGGUAGAGACUUCAUCUCAUGGCCAGAAUGAAGAAAGAACGAAGAGUAAUCAGUCACAUUCCAAUGGGUCGCGUUCAAGAAAACAUGGGAAGGGGUCUUCUUUGAGAUCAAAGGAAAAAAGUCGGUCUAGAAUCGAUAUUAUUGACAAGGGCACUUCCAAGAUUUCUGAACCCUUGAACAAAAAUGUAGAUUACAGACUAAAAGGAGGUAGAAAAUCUGAUAAUCUUGCAAAUGGAUCUGCUUCUAAGGAGUUACCGUCGGGUGGGAAUUCAAAGCAUAGGCACCAUGACGGUUCAGAUGUUAGAAUUGAUGCAAAGCAACCUAUGAAAAGGGAUGUUUCUGGACGAGGAAAGUCGCAUUCUUUGCCACCCUCUGGAAAAGGUCAAAAUGGAAAUGAACGUCUUCCUGAAGCUAAUCCUGGUUAUCAGAAAGAAAGUGGAGGAAACCCCAUGUUGCUUGAUGCUGCUAGACGCAAUGAUUCAUCAAAGGCAUCAAAACCGAAUAAGAAAGCUCAGAACCAAAAUGGAAAACAGCCUAUGAAUACAAAACAUUCGACACCCAACAGGCAUAAGGGCGGAAACACGGAUGCCCCCGUUACCCUUGUGAGGGAUAUAUCCAAUCAGGCUACUACAAAUGCUCUAAGAGAGGCGACAAAUCUUAAGCACAUGGCCGAUCGCAUGAAGAAUUCUGGAUCAAAUCUCGAGAGUAGAACUCUUUAUAUCCAAGCCGCCCUCAAAUUUCUUCAUGUAGCCUCUUUGUUCGAAUCCUGCCAUAGCCAGACUGGGAGAUAUGGUGAUAUGAUUCAAUCAAUGUCUAUAUACAGUAGCACAGCAAAACUUUGCGAGUAUUGUGCUCAUGAAUAUGAGAGAACCAAGGAAAUGGCUACUGCAUCUUUGGCCUAUAAAUGCAUGGAGGUGGCAUACUUGAAAGUCAUCUAUUCUUCACACACCACUGCAUCCAAAGAUGUGAAUGAGUUGCAAACGUCUCUUCAGAUUGGCCCUACGGGUGAGUCUCCUUCGUCCUCUGCCUCUGCUUCUGAUCUUGAUAACAUGAACAAUCCAGCAACCAUUGACAAGGCUGCCUUAGCUAAGGGUCUUAAUGCUCCUCAAAUUGCUGGAAAUCAUGUUAUCGCUGCUCGAAACAAACCCAACUUUAUGCGGAUUCUUAACUUUGCACAGGAUGUUAAUUCGGCAAUGGAAGCCUCAAGGAAAGCACGGAGUUGUUUUGCAGCCUCUAGUGCAAAACAAGAGGCCAGUCUAUCUGCAGUUAAAAAGGCUCUUGAUUUCAACUUCCAUGACGUGGAAGAAUUGUUGCGGCUGGUACGUGUCGCCAUGGAAGUAAUCAAUAGAUGAUACCCAUUAUAGUUGUAAACUUGAAAUCAUAUCAGAUAUCGCUUUAUGUGGUUUUCUGCAUCUGGGCAUGCAAUAAAGAUCGAGCUUAUUGAAUCAAGUGGAAUUCUUAGCCAUAAAGACAGAGUCUUUAUUGAUCUUCUUCAGUCUCUCGGAAAGAAAAGAUCUUGGGUUCAAAUAAGAGCUGCAACUUGUAAAUACUUUCGGAUAAAAGUUGAUAACGGUGGAUCAUCAGCACUCCUGGUUCAUCGAGAAUAGCUUCAACUUCAAGACCAAUGUGCAAAGUGUUGAGAAGGGUUGAUAUGAUCAGCUUAAUUUAUUAUCAAGAUUGUCGUUUCACGAAAUCCCAGAAUCAAUUUGUUAUGAUCAGCGUGAUUACUGAUGUGACUGAUUCAACAAGCUUCAGGUACAUAUAUUGCAUGUCAAUUGGCUGUUGAUGUUUUUCCUGUAUAUAAUAGAUUUCUCAAGUUUAGCCUGCAUUCAGCAACAGAAGUGGAUGCUCAGCGUUGUGGCGAUGAAGGGUAAAAUGGUAAUGUUGCACCAUCGAUUUGCUAAGCUUAGCAAAAGAAUCUCCCUUUGUCGGGUGCUCUGCACAGUGUAACUAGUCAUUUAAUCGUUAGUUGGCUUCAUAGAUUCGAAUGUUGAUGCUAUGUAAAUGGGUUCUUUGUUUAUAUCGAUGAGAAUUUGCAAUAGUUUCCGUUUUUGGAAAAUUUCUAGUUGCA